AAGAGUAGUAACUUUGAGCCUUUUGACUUGUUUGCGUCCAAAAACAAUUACACAUCAUAAAAACAGCCAAACAGAUCUUCGUGUGUUUCUAUUUAUUCGUUUUUUUCUUGUCUGAUUCAAACCAAAAUAAAAAGAAGCAGUUCAACAAAAUCACUUCUCAUUCUUAUUAAUGGUCUUCCAUUUCUAUAUCUCUAUGUAAUGUAAAUUGUCUAUGUAUCACCUUCCCUUUUUUCUAAAGCCCUAAUUGAUUUUUCUUUCUUUAUUUCUUUGUGCUUUAAAGGUUUGAUUUUUAAAAACUUGUGGACUCUCAUUUCCCUUGGCUCUCUUUCUCUUGAGUUUUGAGUCAGCUUUGUAUUCUCUAAACAAGUUUCAGAUCUUUGACUUAGUCUCAAAACAUCAUCCUGUCUUAAAAACUAGGGUUUGAAUCUCUAGCAGCUGUUCUUGUCUGUUACAAAGUUUCAGAUUUGACCAUCUGGGUCGACAAUUUAUCUUCUCUCCGAUCAUAAAUUGAAGAGAUCUUCUUUUAGAAACAUGUUAAGCAGAUGAAGGUUAGUUUGAUGAGAUGGGUUGUGUAUUGAGUAGACCCGGAUCAUCAGGAUUAGUUUCUGAGUCUAGAGACCAAGUUAUUACAAGGAUCGAGUCUAACCGCAAAGAAGCAAACAAUGUGUCUGUGAACAAAACCGAAACUACAGAAGAGAGCACUAGUGUUGUUGUUGCUGUUGUUGCUUCUACUGGUGAAGAGGAAGUUAGAAAUGAUGAAGCUAUUGUGGAUCAUCACAAGGAAGAGAAUGGAGAUACCAAAGAGAAGAAACCCAAAGGAGAAAAGAAAAGGUCUAAUAAGCCUGAUCCGAGACUAAGCAACCCACCAAAGAAUUUGUUAGGUGAUCAAGUUGCAGCUGGAUGGCCACCGUGGUUGACUGAAGUCUGUGGGGAAGCUUUAAACGGAUGGCUUCCAAGAAAAGCUGAUUCCUUUGAGAAGAUUGAGAAGAUUGGAUCAGGAACGUAUAGUAAUGUGUACAAGGCGAGAGAUUUGGUGACAGGAGCUAUUGUGGCGUUAAAGAAAGUGAGGUGUGACACUAGGGAACAAGAGAACUUAAAAUUCAUGGCUAGAGAGAUUCUGAUUCUGAGGAGAUUGAAUCAUCCCAAUGUCAUCAAGCUAGAAGGUUUGGUUACUUCGAGGAUGUCAACUAGUUUAUACUUGGUGUUUCGUUAUAUGCAUCAUGAUCUAGCUGGUCUCGCUGCAAGCCCGGACAUAACAUUCACCGAACAGCAAGUUAAGUGCUACAUGAAGCAGAUACUCUCGGGGCUCGAGCACUGUCACAGCAGAGGAGUUCUUCACCGUGAUAUCAAAGGAUCAAACCUUCUUAUAGACGAUGAUGGAGUUCUUAGAAUAGGAGAUUUUGGUCUUGCAACGUUCUUUGACGCGAGUAAAAGACAAGUAAUGACGACACGUGUUGUUACUUUAUGGUACAGAGCACCAGAGCUGCUUCACGGUGCUAUUGAGUAUGGUGUCGGCGUUGAUCUAUGGAGUGCUGGUUGCAUUUUAGCUGAGUUGUUAUCUGGUAGACCGAUUCUGCCAGGUCGAAACGAGGUUGAUCAGGAGCAUAGGAUAAAUAAGUUAUGUGGAACGCCUUCUGAAGAGUAUUGGAAAAAGAUUAAGAGGAACCCUAAUCUUAAGCAUGCUAAUCAGUUGGGUAAACCACAGUUUAAGAGAAAAGUUAGAGAGGUUUUCAAAGAUUUCUCUCCUGAGGCGCUUUCUCUAGUUGAUAGGCUUCUAGCUCUUGAUCCAGUUGAGCGUCAGACAGCUACUGAUGCAUUGAUGAGUGAUUUCUUCAUGACUGAGCCGCUAGCAUGUGACCCUUCUGAGCUCCCCAAGUAUCCUCCAACUAAAGAGAUUGAUGCCAAGAAACGAGAUGAAGAGUAUCGGAGACAAAAGGAAGCACGUAAGGUUCAAGGAGAGAGCGGAAGAAGAAUCAGACCUAGAGAACGAGCACCAAGAGCAAUGCCUGCUCCUGAAGCCAAUGCUGAGAAUCAAUCUAACAUCAAUAGGAUGCGUUUGAUCACACAUGCGAAUGCAAAGAGCAAGAGUGAGAAGUUUCCACCACCGCAUCAAGAUGGUUCACUUGGUUUUCAAGUGGGAUCUUCACGGAGACUUGAUCCAUCAGAGAUACCUUUUACUUCAAACUCUUUCACUGCAACUUACUCCAAAGAGCCGUUUCAGACUUGGUCAGGCCCUUUGGCUCCGGAAGAGCCUGACUCAACAGCUAAGAGGAUGAAAGAUAUUAACAAGGCGAGGAGAAAGGCUGCUAAGCUUAAAGGGAAAAGCAUCGUUGUUUGAUUUGAUGAGAUUCUAUUAUUAUUAUUAUUCAGCUUCAAGUUUCUAAAGGUUCCUUUUUGGUAUGAGAAAAGAAAAAGAUUUUUUUUUUUUUUGGAGGGUUAUAUGUUUCUUAUUUAUUUGAUUUGUGUAUUGUUUGUACAAGAGAUUUGACAAGAGAAAAAAAAACAUUUAAAUGAGGGAGAUUACAUUCUAUAAUAUUCUAUGUAAAGAAAACUCCAAGUCUUUGGGGCCG